UGGUUAUCCGCUGGUUUAUCGACGGGCUGAGCAUGUCUGGAAAACAUUGAAAAGGUUUUGGAGUAAAUUUUGACUUUUUAAUGAAAUAAAUAAGCAAAAAUGAGCAAUAUAUACAUCCAGGAGCCUCCUACUAAUGGAAAAGUUUUGUUAGAGACAUCUGUUGGCGAUAUUGAUAUAGAGCUUUGGAGUAAAGAAGCUCCUAUGGCAUGCCGGAACUUUAUUCAGCUAUGCUUGGAACAUUACUAUGAUGAUACUAUCUUUCACAGAAUUGUAAAAGGGUUUUGUAUUCAAGGAGGUGAUCCUACUGGCACAGGCUUUGGUGGGGAAUCUGUAUAUGGUAAAAGGUUUAAGGAUGAGUUCCAUCAGAGGUUAAAAUUCAAUAGGCGUGGUCUGGUUGCCAUGGCAAACUCAGGACCAAACGACAAUGGCAGCCAGUUCUUUUUUACUUUGGACAGAACAGAUGAUCUGAAUGGAAAGCAUACCAUAUUUGGCAAGAUUACUGGAAAUACCAUAUAUAACAUGUUGAAAAUGGUUGAUCUAGAAGUAGAUGAUAAUGACCAUCCUCUUUACCCACCAAAGAUUAAAAGAACAGAGGUAUUGUCCAACCCUUUUGAUGACAUUGAACCAAGAAAUAACAAGAUGAAAAAAGACGAGGCUCUAGCACCUAAGAAACCUAAGGCCAAAGGCACCAAAAAUUUCAGUUUGUUAUCGUUUGGAGAAGAAGCAGAAGAAGAUGAAGAAGAAGUAAUCAAUGUUGGCAAGGAAUUGAAAAUGAAAAGCAGCCAUGAUGUACUAGAUGACCCAACAUUAAGUAAACAAACUGUGAAUCAAGAUGCUUCAAAAGAGAAAGACGGUGAUAAAAAUCUCGGUGAACAAGCUCGGCAAAAGCUCAAGAAACAGACUCAAGAAUAUGAUGAUGAUUCUAGUGAGGACGAACCGACUGAAUCAACAAGCAAAAGUAAAGAACUUCGAAAAGAAUCAACAAAGUUGCUAAAAGAAAUCAAAGAAUCGAGGAGAAAAGCAGCGAACAAGGAAACUGAACCUGAAAGUAAGACUGUUGCAUCGAAAGAUAAAUUAUCUCGCGUUGUUGCUGAUUUUCGUGCUGAGAGAGACGAAUAUGUUGCAAAAGUCAAAGGAACAAUAAAGGCCAAAGGUGAUGGGAGAAGUGAACAAACUUUCUCUCUACUUGCUGACUUCCAAGCCAAACUGAACGAAAAGAUAGAUGAAGAGAAUUCAGAUGAAGAAAAUUCAGAUAAAGAUGAAGGAGAUGAAAAAUCGGAUGACAUAGGAUGGAUGACGCACGUAUUACAUUGUGAAGAAGGAAUGAAACAAAAGGUCAAAGACGCAAACAUACAAGACGAAGAUACCUACGAAAUAUUCGAUCCAAGAAACCCAAUCAACAAACGAAGAAGAGAAGCCAGUAAAGAAGCCAUGAAAGGAAAAAGAAGAAAAGAAAGAUAGGAUAAACAAACGAAAAGGGACCAUAGCCACACAGCCAACUUGUUUUGAGCUCCGUCUGUUUAAAAGUCGCACGGCAGCCAUGUUGUAGCAUAAAGAAUGAUAAGAUUUUUAAUCCUUUAGGAAUAGAAAUCUCUUUUAAUGCGAAAGCAUUGCGUUGUUCAUGCCCUGGCUACAUGGCUGUCGUGAGCUCAUGGCUCAUUACUGUCCAGCAAUAUCAUGAUCAAUUCUCUUAAGGCUGGAGCCAAGAAAAAAAGGCAUGGACUUCUCAUCUGUUAACUCAAUAUUGCUUCAUUAACCAACUAUCGUUUGAAAAACUAGUAAGACGAGGAGUUUCGCGAUAGUUGUUGGAACUUGGACUUCCCUGGGCUGCCUGCACGCAAUAGUUACCCUGAUGAAGACUAACAGUUUGCAGUCGAAAAGUCGCGGUCCUCUACCAAUGACCCUCAAUCGUGAGACAAAUAAAUAAGUAUCAUUUAUUACUUUUCCAUGAUCAGUCGUAUACCUGUAGUUACCCUCCACGCAGGCAUGACUUGGGGUGCUAAUAAACGCAUCUUGUAUUGGCAUACACCAUGCAGUCUGAAGAAAACCAUUGGAGCCGGAUAGUUGGCAUACCUACUAGUGUCAUUCAGGUGCCUGCUUGCCUUAAGCACCCUGGGUUUUGUGUAGUCUAUAAAGCAGAUUUAUUUGUUUGUAAAUAGAUUAUCGGUUCAUAGAACUGAACUAGGACUGUAUUCAUGCAGUUUUUAAGUAAAAUACACUGAUUCCGGGCGGCUUAGCUUGGGUGAUCA